AUGCGUUUCUCAUCUGUCGCUGCCCUCGCCGCGCUGGCCUCUACGGCCUCGGCUGCCCCUGUGAACGAGCCGUCGCUCAGUGUCAAGCUGAGCCAGAUCGACAACUCUCGCGUCAAGGCUGUCAUCACCAAUGCCGGCAAAGAAGACGUCGAGUUCGUCCAUCUGAACUUCUUCCGGGACCAGGCUCCCGUCAAGAAGGUGGCUGUCUACCGCGGCAAAAACGAGGUCCAAUUCGAAGGAAUCAAGCGUCGAUUCCGCAUGAACGGACUGACCAAGGAGGCUAUCACUUCUCUGGCUGCCGGUUCCUCCAUCGAGGAUGAAUUCGACAUCGCUUCCACCAGCGAUCUGGCCCAGGGCGGCACCAUCACCAUCAACAGUCACGGUCUGGUGCCGUUGGUCAAGGACAACAAGGUGACGGGAUACAUUCCCUACCAGUCCAACGACCUGCAGCUGGACAUCGACGGCACCAAAGCCGCCAAGGUGACCAAGGCGAUUCUGCACAACUUGCGUCGCACCACUCUGGCAGACUGCUCCGGCGAGACGCAGUCGGCACUGGAGAAGGCGCUGACCAAUGCGGCAGACCUAGCCAACAAGGCCGCGGAAGCAGCCGAGUCCGGUGACGCCAGCAAGUUCCAAGAGUACUUCAAGGUGACGGACGAUCAGACCCGCAAGACGGUGGCGGAGAGACUGCGCGCCGUCGCUAAGGAGGCUAGCUCCACCUCCGGCGGUGCUACCACCUACCACUGCAAGGAUACCCAGGGAUACUGCGAGCCUAACGUCCUGGCGUACACUCUGCCAUCGCAGAAUCUCAUCGCUAACUGCGAUAUCUAUUACUCUGAGUUGCCGCCGCUCGCGGAUCAGUGCCAUGCCCAGGACCAGGCGACCACCUCCCUGCAUGAGUUCACUCAUGCGCCGGGUGUGUACGAGCCCGGUACUGAGGAUCUGGGAUAUGGGUAUGAUGCUGCCACUAAGUUGAGCGCUAAGGAUGCCCUCAAUAACGCAGAUACUUAUGCCCUGUAUGCCAAUGCUAUUGCACUGAGCUGCUAA